AUGUUGAGCCCAGUCCUUUGCUCAGAUCUCUCAGCUGUGGAGCCAGAGUACACAGAAGCUGAUGUCAUCUCUACCGUGGAGUUCAACCAAUCAGGAGAGCUCUUGGCAACUGGUGAUAAGGGUGGAAGAGUGGUCAUCUUCCAGAGAGAACCGCAAGGGGAAUAUAACGUGUACAGUACAUUUCAGAGUCAUGAGCCAGAGUUUGAUUAUUUAAAGAGUUUGGAGAUCGAAGAGAAGAUCAAUAAAAUCCGCUGGCUACCACAGCGUAAUCCAGCUCACUUCCUCCUCUCCACCAAUGACAAAACUGUAAAGCUGUGGAAGGUGAGUGAGAGGGAUAAGAGGCCAGAGGGCUACAAUUUAAAAGAUGAAGAGGGCAGAGUGAAGGACCUCUCCACUAUUACCUCACUGCAGGUGCCUGUGUUAAAGCCGACGGAGCUGCUGGUGGAGGCGUCUGUGAGGCGUGUGUUUGCUAACGCUCAUGCCUAUCACAUUAACUCUAUCAGUGUGAACAGUGAUGGAGAGACAUACCUCUCUGCUGAUGAUCUCAGAAUCAACCUGUGGCACCUCAGUAUCACAGACUGCAGCUUCAACAUAGUGGAUGUAAAGCCAGAGAACAUGGAGGAUUUGAGGGAGGUGAUAACAGUGGCGGAGUUCCAUCCUCAGCACUGUCACCUGCUGGCCUUCGGUAGCAGCGCAGGGAACACUCGCCUCUGUGACAUGAGAGCACGAGCCCUAUGUGACCAGCACGCCAAAUUGUUUGAAGAGGCAGUGGACCCAAGCACCCGCUCCUUUUUCUCAGAGAUUGUCUCUUCCGUCUCUGACGUGAAGUUCAGUCACAGCGGACGAUACCUGCUCACCAGAGACUACCUCAGUGUUAAAGUCUGGGACCUCAACAUGGAGAAUAAACCUGUAGAGACAUACCAGGUUCAUGACUAUCUGCGUUCCAAGCUGUGUGCCCUGUAUGAGAGUGACUACAUCUUUGACAAAUUUGAAUGUGCCUGGAAUGGGACAGACAGUGUUAUAAUGACUGGGGCUUAUAAUAACUUCUUUCGCAUGUUUGAUCGUUCGAGCAAGCGAGAUGUGACUCUGGAGGCAAGCAGGGAGGUGUGUAAGCGUCGCGCGGUGUUGAGGCCGCGACGCGUGUGUAUGGGUGCCAAGCGGAGGAGAGAUGAGGUCAGCGUGGACAGUCUGGACUUCAGUAAAAAGAUCCUCCACACGGCUUGGCACCCCAGCCAAAACAUCAUCGCCAUAGCAGCCAGCAACAAUCUCUACAUCUUCCAAGACCGGCUGGGGCCCUCCACCAAUUAA